GUCGUUAAUGUACUCGAGUACACCACCGUUGUUGGCAGUAACCUUUUAUGAUGUCCUCCCCUGUUUACGCAACCCUAGCAUUCAAAGCUACCAGAAUCGAGCUGCAAGGUUCUGUCGCAGUAGUGACGCUAGUGCGACCAAAAGAGCGAAACACCUUCAAUAAUGAUAUGAUAACUGAACUAGUGCAUGUCUUCGGCCUGUUUGACAAAGACGAUCGUGUUCGCGUUGUCAUAUUGACAGCUGAGCCGAACGCCCCAGCAUACUGUGCAGGGGCUGACAUCUCGGGUGGAUGGGGCUCCCUCUGGGAUGAGGAAAGUGAGAAAGAGGGUGAACAUGCUCAUAGGGAUUCAGGGGGUGUUGUGGCUAUGGCUAUCUUUCGCUGCCGGAAGAUCACUAUCGCUGCGGUGAACGGACAUGCGGCUGGUGUCGGCGUUACCGCCCUACAACUUCCAUUUGACUUUCGUUUUGUCUGGUCUGGAGCUAAAUUUGCCCUUCCUUUCGUUAGAAGAGGUAUUGCACCUGAAGCUGUCUCUUCGUAUUUAUUGCCAAAGCUACUUGGAAACUCUCGUGCCUUAGCAUUAUUCCUGUCCGGAGCCACUCUAUCGGCCGAUUCUCCAUUAUUGCAGGGAUUUUACCAUACAUUGCUGCCAACCCGAGAAGAAGUCUUCCCAGCUGCCUAUACUUUUGCACAAGAACUCGCUCAGAAUACCUCGCAAACAGCCAUUGCGAUCACUAAGGCCCUCAUCUGGCAUGGUGCUGAUAACAUCGAGGAGCAGCACCUCUUGGAUUCCAGAGCAAUUCGAACGCUUGGCGCUGCCAAUGACGCAGCCGAAGGAGCCCGAGCGUUCAAGGAAAAGAGACCCAUCAAGUUUACCGACACGUUGUCGAAGAACAUGCCAACUUGGAUUCCUUGGUGGCGAGAGAUCGAUACGAAGCAUCGCAAAGCUAAGCUAUGAUAUGCGUUGGAAGAGGGGACUUUCACGUUUCAUCUAAGUAACUCAUUUAGGUCUGCUAGGCUCGCUUAUAGGUCAACCAGCUUCAGGAAGAUUUUCCAAUGAUGAUGUUUUUGCGGAAUAACGAUUCUUUUGGAUAAAUAACGGAGGCUUCUAUGCUCACUCUAAAUAAUAAACGGGAAAAUCGAAGAACUAAUCGUUCAUGUAUGAAUCGCGGUCGUGUAACAGCCAUGAUGGAAGUCCUUGGUCUAG